AAGCGACGCUGCGUCUGCCCCAUCUGGAUGGGAGUCUAAGUGGUCCUAUUACCCAGAGGACUUCAGCGGGGGCAUACUCGGGCAAAGUCGAUUUGCUCAGAGCCGAGCCUUGCCCACAGGGCCACCGUGGGGCAAACGGGUGCGCGGGGUACAGACACCCUCCGUGGGCUGAGUCAGUGGGCAGAUGAGGGACAGGGAGGGCCCGCAGGCUUGGUCAGGGGUUCUAUAAUUGGAAAGAGGAGGCGGUGCCCGCCCGGCCCCGCGCGGCCACUGCAGGCCAGGUGUCCAGAUUGGCAGCAAGCCGAGUGCUCCUGCAGAGUCUCAGGGUCCUUUCCCCGCAGGACGCGCCCGGCCGGCUUGGCGUGGGCAGAUUCGUUGGCCACAUAUUUGAGCCUCUUCCCCUUCCAUUCUAGGCUGCCGCGGGCCCCGCGGAGCGAGACCACCUGUGAGGGCUGCUGAGAUUGGCGGAGACAGUCAUGUGGGCGGUCACGUGCUGCGGCAAGCUCCGUCCAAAAGAAAAUGGGGUUUGGUGUAAAUCUGGGGGUGUAAUGUUAUCAUAUAUCACGCUACCUCGUAAAACCGACACUGAAAGCUGCCGGACAACAAAUCACAGGUCCAAAUUAUGAGUUCUUCGUAUUAUGUGAACGCGCUUUUUAGCAAAUAUACGGCGGGGGCUUCUCUGUUCCAAAAUGCCGAGCCGACUUCUUGCUCCUUUGCGCCCAACUCGCAGAGAAGCGGCUACGGGGCGGGCGCCGGCGCCUUCGCUUCGACCGUACCGGGCUUGUACAAUGUCAACAGCCCCCUCUAUCAGAGCCCCUUUGCGUCCGGCUACGGCCUAGGAGCCGACGCCUACGGCAACCUGCCCUGCUCCUCCUACGACCAAAACAUCCCCGGGCUCUGCAGUGACCUCGCCAAAGGCGCCUGCGACAAGGCGGACGAAGGCGCGCUGCACGGCCCGGCCGAGGCUAAUUUCCGCAUCUAUCCCUGGAUGCGGUCUUCAGGGCCCGACAGGAAGCGGGGCCGCCAGACCUACACGCGAUACCAGACUCUGGAGCUGGAGAAGGAGUUCCACUUCAACCGCUACCUGACGCGGCGCCGCCGCAUCGAGAUCGCCCACGCGCUCUGCCUCACCGAGCGCCAGAUCAAGAUCUGGUUCCAGAACCGCCGCAUGAAGUGGAAGAAAGAGCAUAAGGACGAGGGUCCGGCCGCCGCAGCAGCCCCCGAGGGUGCCGCGCCCGCCGCCACAACCUCUGCCGCCGCUGACAAGGCCGACGACGAGGACGACGACGAAGACGAGGACGAUGAGGAGGAGGAGGAAUGAGGGGCUGAGCUGGGGCCAUGGCUGCACCAGACAGUCGGGAACGCGUCUUUAGAGACUCAUUGAUUUUAUUUACAAAAGUGGAAAAAAGUUAAAAAAUGUAAAACAAAGCAAAACAAAACACCCCUCCCGUCCCUAACCUGCGCCCCAUUUAUACCCCAUUACCCACUCCAGGUCCCAACAUUUUUUGGACUGAGCAGUCGCCUAAAAUGGGUCUCUUUGGGGAUCCCUCUGCCUCCAAGGAACCGCAACAGACACCCCCCAAACCCAGGCCGGCCAGCUCUGUGCUGGUGCGGCUAAAAUACUACCUAGCACAGGCCUCAGCUAGAGGCACCCCAAAACUACCUAUGGGCCCAGCCCCGAAGGGCCUCCACUCCCAGGAAGCCCAGAAGUGUCCCAACACUGGCCGACACCCGGCACCUCCCCCAUACCGGCAAGGACCUGACUCUCAGUACUACCUACUGCCCCAAACUACCUAUUUUGUGCUUGCUGGCUCGCCUCCUACCUAACCAGCCCCUCCCUUGUCAGGCCCUUGCUGCUUCUGGAUGGCAGCCUUUGGGAUCCCUAAGGCUGCGCUUAGAAGGCACUGGGGUCCAGGGACAGGGUAUUGGCUUCUAUUUAAAUUGAAAAAUAAUAUAUUUAUUCCAAAGCAUUGUAAGUGCUGCAAUCUAGAAUCCCUCCUUCUCUGGCCUGGGCACCCCAAGUUCAGGCCCAUCAUCUUCUGGAGGGGAGCAUUCCCAAGUUAGCUGUAGACCUCUGAGUUAGCUAGUGUUUAAUAGGACUGCAGAGAUGCUCCCAGCUUCCCUGCCUCCUCCCCUGACCCUUGUGUCCUCCUGUCCAGCCUUGUUGAAUAUGUAUACCCUUACUUUUCCUACAAUAGCAAAUACUGUAUAUUUGAACAAGAUUUUUUUGUCAUUUAUAUAGUCUUGGAGCUCAUUUGUAAGGCAAUGUCUUGACUUGGGAAGGAUGUGUUAACGGGGUGACUUUGCAGCAUGGUGUGUUGUCUUGAGCUAACUCUAUAGUGGGUGGGGAGAGCCUAUGCCCUCCUCAAUGCCCUUCAUCUCUUGUGUUGUCCUACAUCCCUUCAUCCCUCUUGGCUCUAGCCUGGGGUUCCAGGAACAGGAAGGUAUGCUUUCUGUCUUGCCCAGCUAACCAUGUUCUAUGUAACAGAAAAAUAAAGAUGCUUGGUGACAAAGAAA